AUGGCGGAAUCGUCCAUACCCGAGGUAAACAUGCGGUCACCUACGGAACUCCAAGCCAUCGAUCGAGCGACCAGAAAACUCCUGACCAUGCAUCACACCCACCACCCGAAGGCUGCCGUUGAAGGACUCUACCUUCCGAGAUGCAAGGGAGGGAGGGGACUGAUCGAACUCGAGUCCCUCUAUAAGCGGACGACGUGCGAAGUCGCCAGAUUCAUCGAAAGGAAACAGGGACGGCUCAUUUCCAUCCUGAGAGAGCGUGAUGCCCUCAAGAAAUCCCACUCCAUCCAGGGAGAUGCCACCCGCUCCCGAAAUGCACUCCAUCUCGAUGACGACUGCGACACGAAGGAUGUGAAGACGGCAGACCAAGUACAAAGAGAGGCUCGAUGGAAGGAGAAACCGCUUCACGGCCAGCACCCCAAGAUCAUGGAUAAACCAUCGAUCGACUCGGACGUCAGCUAUAACUGGCUGAAGAAGGAACUGUUGAAUGCCGAGACAGAGAGCAACAUCCUAGCCAUUCAAGACCAGUGCAUUAGAACUCGUAACUACGAGAAGCACAUCCUGAAGCUGGAUGUGGAAGACCGCUGCAGAUGCUGCGCACUUUGUGCUCACGACCAUCCCACCUCUGGCUCUCCCCUCGAGCACCGAUCCUGGUUGCAGUUGCAUCAAGUCCUCAAUCCCUUAAGGACAUGA